AUGAUCAAGGUAAGGUCGCUGAUCUCGAAAAUGUCUACACCAAAAGUCGUCCAACCUAAAUGGUACAAGCCGCAGCCAGUGGUUGCUAAAAAGCCUGUUUUGAAACUGUAUAACAGUUUGACCAGAGAUAAAGAAGAAUUUAUUCCUCUAUCCGGAACCAAUCUUGUCAGUUGGUAUUCUUGUGGUCCUACUGUCUAUGAUGCGUCCCACAUGGGUCAUGCCAGAAACUACGUUUCUAUUGAUAUUAACAGAAGAAUUAUGGAAAAAUAUUUUGGUUACGAUAUCAAUUUUGUUCAAAAUGUCACUGAUAUCGACGAUAAGAUUAUUAUUAGGGCCAGACAAAAUUAUCUUUACGAGAAAUUCGUCAAUGAAACGGAGAAAAUUAAUGACAGCAUCAUUACCAAAGUUCAAGAUACUUUAACACAAUUUAUUGCAAGUCAAUUGAACCUUGAUAAAGUGGACAGCAUUGCUUCAUUUCAAGAAUGGUUCAAGACUGUCGAUUUCGAAUUGGAAAAGACGAACAACCCCAAGUUUCCAAUGUAUAUUACUGCCAUUCAAAAUACUAUCAAGGCUAUCGAAUCAAAUGAUAAGAUCUCUAAAGAUGAAUUUUUCGCACUAGCUAAGGACACUUUAGUCCCAGCCCUUGAUAAAGAAUCAGGUUCAUCUGUAAAUGACCCAGAAAUUUUCAGAAAACUACCUGCAUACUGGGAACAACAAUUUAAUAAUGAUAUGGCACACUUAAACGUUCUACCUCCAAGCGUCACUACAAGAGUAUCUGAGUAUGUUCCAGAAAUUGUCCAGUUUGUCAAAGACAUUAUCGAUAACGGUUAUGCAUAUGCUACCGAUGAUGGUUCAGUCUAUUUCGAUACUGUAAGAUUUGAUUCCAGUUCAAAGCAUGACUAUGCUAAGUGUCAACCUUGGAACAAGGGUAAGUUAGAUUUAAUUAAUGAUGGUGAAGGUUCAUUAUCAAUUAAUACAACAGGUAAGAGAUCAAAGAACGAUUUUGCCCUUUGGAAAACUUCAAAACCAGGUGAACCUGAAUGGGAAUCACCUUGGGGCAAAGGUAGACCGGGAUGGCAUAUUGAAUGUUCCGUCAUGGCCUCUGACGUCUUGGGUUCUCAAAUAGAUAUCCAUUCUGGUGGUAUUGAUUUAGCAUUCCCACAUCACGAUAACGAACUAGCUCAGUCCGAAGCAAAACACGAUAAUCAUCAAUGGAUCAACUAUUUCUUACAUACUGGUCAUCUACAUAUCGAGGGACAAAAGAUGUCUAAAUCUUUGAAAAAUUUCAUCACCAUCGAUGAAGCUUUGAGUAAAUUCUCUGCCAGACAAUUAAGAUUGGCAUUUGCAUCAGUUCAAUGGAAUAAUCAGUUAGAUUUCAAAGAAAGUCUAAUCAACGAAGCGAAAUCUGUUGAAACUUCAUUCCACAACUUUUUCAAGAAUGUUAGAGCCUUAAAUAACGAUUUCAUUCAUUCCAAUGAAAAGAAUCAUAUCUCAAAGAAACUAGGUUCCUUAGAAAAGAAAUUAUUAGAUAAUUUAAAAACCACCCAAGAAAAAGUUCAUAGUUCAUUCUGUGAUAAUUUAUCAACACCACAAUCUUUAAAAGCAUUAGUUGAAGUAGUUUCAUUGACCAACACAUAUAUUUCUAGUGUUGGUUCUGAAAUUAGAAUUGAACCAGUCUUAGCCAUUUGUAAAUACGUCACCAAGAUUCUUGAUGUUAUUGGUUUCCCCUCACGUCCAGAUGGUCUCGGUUGGUCAAGUCCUUCCAACGGUGAUGAUCAAAUUUCUUCUGGUAGUGUUGAAGACAUUGCUACGCCGUAUGUCAAGGUUUUAUCAACUUUCAGAGAUCAAGUUCGUAGCAUGGCUAUUGACAAAGAAAACUAUUCCGAAUUUUUGAAAGCUACUGAUUAUAUUAGAGAUCAUGAUUUACUAAACUUGAAUGUAUCAUUAGACGAUAGAAACGGACAGGCAGCCUUGAUCAAAUUUUUAACUGACGAAGAAAAGAAUGAGAUUAUUAGUAUCAAUCAAGAAAAGGAAGCCAGAGAAGAAGCUAAAAAGUUGAAAAAAUUGCAACAACAAAAGCUCAAUGAACAAAAGGAAAGGGAAAGAAAAGAAAAAGCCAAGGUCUCACCUUUAGAAAUGUUCAAGAACGGCGACUUGUAUUCUGAAUGGGAUAACGAAGGUAUUCCAACUAAAGAUAAAGAUGGUAAUGAAAUUACAAAAAGUAUGACUAAAAAAUUAAAGAAGCAAUGGGAACAACAAAGAAAACUUCACGAAGAGUAUUUCGGUAAUAAAUAA